UGACUAACACAAGAUGUAAUUCUCAAAAGAAAAGGCAAAACCAUAUUGUCUUAUGGGCUUGAUCAUUUUAAAAGGCCCAAUAGAAAUUUAGCCCAUAAUAUAAACAAUACUCUUCCAUCGCCGGAGAGAGAUAGAAUUAGGGUUUCGGUGAUGCUGCGUUUACUCAGAACCUUCUCCUCCUGGAGGAGCAUUUCCAUGAACAAUACUCUUCCAAAUUCGAGUCUAUCUCCUCCAGGACCAUCUCCUCCGCUCCCACUCCCACUCCUCCUCAGAAACGAACCAUUCUAGCCAAUCUUAAGUCAACAACUGAUUCAUGUGAUGAUGUUCUGAGAAAGAUAGAGAAGGAGGGAGGGUUUCAGAUAUCUAGACCUGAUCUUAAUCGCUGGAUUGCUCUAUUUGAAAAACGAGGUCAGAUCCAGAAAUCUAUAGAGAUCGACUCCUUCAAGGAGUGGAAGUACAUUGGUUUGAUGAAAACCUACAAACCUUGCUUUGGAAGAACCAACGUUGGAGAUCCUCUUCCAACUUCGAGUCUCGCCUCAUCUAACUCCUCCACGAGCAGUUCCACCGAUGCCAAUCCUCCUCAGAAACGAACCAUUCUAGCCAAACUUAAGCCAUCAACCGACUUCGGAAGAGAUACCCUGAGAAGAGCAGCGGCAAUCAUAGCUCCUACCGUGGUCCACAUCCUCGCAAGUGUAGAACGUUUGGAAUACGAUAAAGCUUAUUCCCAAUCUGUACAAAAGGUGAAGGUUUUUUUAAAUGACGGCAAGAAAUUCAUAGGAGUAGUUUCGGAGUACAGGGUUUGGAAGGACGUGGCCUUGGUCAAAAUCGAUGUUCCCACCUCAGUUGCACUUGUUGCUGCGAAAUGGGGUAUUGACAAGGGAGUUUGUCUUGGUGAUCUCGUUUUGGCUGUGGGUUCAACUAAUGCUUGGCCUAACAGCUUCUCAAAGGGCAUGAUUAGCUGUCUCAAACGCACUUCCAAGGAAGCGAAUACUAGAGGCGGUAACAACCUAUACAUUCAGACGGAUUGUGCAACUUGUGAGGGGAACUCUGGUGGGCCCCUUGUAAACCUCAAUGGUGAGGUAAUUGGCAUGAUUAUCGGUGGAGAACAAGGGAAGGUUGAAUUUGCCUUGAGCCUUGACUCAGUGUUCAAAGUCUUGAAGGCGAUGCGUUAUAAGUGUGCAUCAAGCUCCUGUACUACAACCACUUCAUCAACACGAGACUCUGACUCAAAGGAAUCCAUGUCGCCAUUGAAAUCAGGCGGUGACUUAAAUGACACAAACGUCCCAGUUCUUUCUCGGCUGCAGUUGAAGAGACCAAUUGCGGGUUCCCAGGUUCCUUUCUGUCCUGGUGACAAGAAAAUGCUAGAUUGUUGGACAACUAUCGAGCCAAAUAGCUUUCGGGUUCGUGGCAGAACUUAUCUAAGUGACAAGAAGAAAGAGUUUGCACCUAGGCAUGCUGCGUAUAAUCCUUUUGGUGUGGAUGUAUUCUUAUCGGAACGUAAAAUAAACCAUGUGGCACAAUAUGUCAAGCUUCCGGUUACUACCACAUCCACCAAACUCCCAUCUAUCCUUGUUGUUAAUGUUCAGGUUCCCUUGUAUACAACUACGAUCUCUCAAGUUGACACUGACGGGGAAGGAAUGAAUAUUGUUUUGUACUUCAAACUUUCGGAUAACUAUUCAAACGAGCUUCCUCUCCAUUUCCAAGAAAACAUCCAGAGAUUAAUAGAUGACGAGGUUGAGAAAGUUAAAAGAUUCCAUAUGGAUGUAACCGUGCCUUUUAGAGAACGGAUUAAGAUAUUGGGACGUGUUGCCAACGUAGAUACUCUGCACUUGAGUCGUCCAGAGAAAAAGCUGAUGAAGGCUUACAACGAAAGGCCCCUUCUUUCGCGUCUGCAGCACGAGUUCUACUUGGGUGAAAAUUACUUUGAGAUUGAUAUUGAUAUGCGUAGAUUCAGUGAUGUAUCCCGAAAAGGGUUUAAAGCAUUCAUAGACAGAUUGAAGAUCUGUGUUCUUGAUGUUGGCCUCACAAUUCAGGGUAAAAAAACAGAGGAGUUACCAGAGCAGAUUCUGUGUUGUGUCAAGCUAAAUGAGAUUGAUUAUGUGAAGUAUCAUCAAUUAGCUCAGGAACUCUUCUGACUUUACUGUGGCUUUACUGUGACUCGACUGUGGAGAGGUAUUUUGCGUAGUGAUAGUAUGGGGGCUCUAACGAAUUGGCGUAAAGAUUUUUUUGGCGAUCUAAUGAGAUUAGUGUAAUGAGAUUUUACUACAUUCUUGUUAAAAAAUUUCAACUAGGUUUAGGUAAAUGAUUAUCUAACCGGAUUUACACACAUGAUUAUUGAACCCGGUUUUCUUUUGAA